UCCGCUUUUCCACGGAGCGCAGAGAAAGCCGUGGAGUGUCUACUGGUGCAGCAGCGACGGCUCUUACCCACCAGAGUACCUUGAGCUUCGGCUACUCCAUCCUUUGCCUUGCUUUUUGAGGUAAAAAUAUACUAACCACUGUCCCGCCGGGCCCACGAGCCACGUGACCAGCCGCGGUCAUGUGACUCAGAAGCCCAGCGGCUGAAGUGUUACCCUGACAACUGAUGGACCCCUGGCAGAUCUUCCGGCAAAGCCGGGAAUUCGGAGAACAAGUGUUUCCAGUGUUGUAAAUACUUGGGAAUGUCUACUGUGGGAAGUAAAAAUUAUUGAGUAUGGCUCACUAUUUCAAAGAAGAACUGGAUGAAGAGUUUGAACAGUUCAUGAAAGAACUUUCAGAUGAUUCUUUUGAAAAUUCAAACAAAACACAUGGACAACCUAAAAGAGAAGUGAAAAAGAAACAUGCACUGCCGUGGUGGAUAACUGAAGAUGACGUUGAAGAUGGUGGACUGCUUGGAACAAAUGUCAGCUAUUUGAAAACAAAGAAGACUUCUCAGCCUAUUAGGGAUAUAGAAGAGGAAUCUGCUGAAAGGAUUCAAUUUCUCAAGAGCAGUGGAACCUCUAUCAUAAGUCUUGACAGCUUAGAAACAAAUGAGAUAGUGGUUUCUGAGCUCAAUCAUACUGUUCUCGGAUUGGGAUUGGACACAUUAGAGGAACAAGAGGAAAAAGAGCAGUUUUUUGCCAGACUUGAGAAAGGCUUAACAUCUUCCAUUGAUUAUUCAAGAUUAAAUAAGGAAUUGGAUUCUAAUGACUCCACACAUUUUAAAGCUUUACAAAGUAAUCAAGCCAAUAUAGAACUAACUGAAGAUAAACAUGAGAAUGAAUUGAAGCAUGAAGAACUAGCAGAAAAUUACAGUGAUGAUUUUGAAGAUGAGGAUAUUGAUGCACCUUUAACUACUAAAGCUGAAGAGACUAAUUCCAAAGAAAAUUCCAAAUCAGAAAAAAUAAAUGCACCCAAACAGGAAGAAGAAAAAACUGGCAUGCUGGCUAAUGUGGUGCUGCUUGAUUCAUUAGACUCUGUUACAGAGGUCAACCUUGAUGAGCAGGAUAGAGCAACAACUCAGCCAAAGGCCCUGGCAGAAAUGAAUGAUAUUGAAAUGACAGGAACAGGUUUUUCUUAUGGACAAAGCCAUAGUGACAUUGAAGCUCUACAUCAGGCUUAUUGUCAUAUAGCCCAUUCUUCGGGAGAUGCAGAUGAACAAAGAAUUGAGAGUACUGCCAUGGAAAAUAUCAAGAGCCCAGCAAAAGGUCAUCCUCAAGAAAAUGCAGAAUCCUCCAAAAAUGUCUCUACUACAGAAUCUGAUCUGCCCACAGUAGAGGAGCUGAUGAAACCUAUCAGAAUAGAUUCCUUUGGGAACCGUGGUGGUUUGGAUUUACAGCCUGUCAGCUAUAAGAAACUGGUUGUUAGUAAAGAAACUAAAAUUGAAAGUCCUUUAUCCCUUAAGAUGAAGCCAUAUGUCAUGUCUCAAGAGUCACAAAAUGGGAACCAAUUUUUUGACAAAAAUGAAGAAAAUGUGGUUUUACAGAAGACAACAAAUGAAGGUAUAGAAAAUACCUGUGCCAGAGCAAACACUACAGAAGAGCAUAUAGAUAAAAUGUACCUUGAUAUUUUGAGGAAAAAACUAUCUGUUGGUCGUUCGUUAUUACCUCAGGAUGACAAAAUAAAUAAAACGUUUAGAUCUCAACUCAGUUCUGGCGAAGAAGAGGCUGUAAUUGGUAAACAGGUACCAUCCAAAAAGGCCAGAAGUGCACCUUCUUUACUUAAAAGAAAACCCCAGGGUGGAUUAUAUGCAUCAGUUAGGAGCUCAGGCUAUGGAAAACCCAGUUCACCAUUCAAGACAUUUUCUACUCUUGAAAAGAAAUCUUCAAAGGACAUUAUGAAAAGCAAAAACUUAAAGUCCAUUCCCACCUCAAAUCAAGCUAAGAAAAAAGAGAUCUUAUCUGAAACAAAGCUCAUCAAGCCUGCAGCAUUGGCUAAACCAGCUCCCCAAACUGACAGUUGCCUGGCUACUCCUAAGAAGCCUGAAGACCCUGCAGAAACUGAUUCCUGUGUUCAGUUACAGAAUGAUUCCUUAGGAUGCCAUGUUGGGAACACAGAGACAGAAUUAAUUAUGUUUACAAGAGUUCAGGAAGCAGAGGAAAAAUGGAGGAAUGCACAAGCCCUGAUUGAACAAAUUAAAGUCACAUUCUCAGAAAAAGAGAGAGAGCUGGAAAAUAAGAUGGAAGAACUAAAGAGACAACAGGAAAAGGAACUCUUCAAACUGAAUCAAGACAAUUAUAUUCUUCAAGUCAAGUUAAAUAGCUUUGAAGAAACAAACAAAAAACAAAGAUGGCUACAGUUUAGAGAAACAACUGAUCCUGUCACUGAAGAAAAACUGAAGCAAAUACAAAAGGAAAUACAAGAACAAGAGACACUUCUUCAAGGAUAUCAACAGGAAAAUGAAAGACUGUAUAAUCAAGUAAAAGAUCUCCAAGAACAAAACAAGAAAAAUGAGGAACGAAUGUUCAAGGAAAACCAGAGUUUAUUCAGUGAGUUAGCAUCCUUAAAAGAACAGAUGCAGAGAAGUCGUUUCCUGUCUCAAGUAGCUGAAGAGCCUACCAGAAACCAAAAUUUUACAGAUCUGGUAGCAGAACUACGGAUGGCACAGAAAGAAAAGAACAAUUUAUUGGAAGAUAUUAAAAGACUGAAGCAAGACAAACAGGCCCUUGAAGUAGACUUGGAAAAAAUGAAAAAAGAGAGAGAUCAAGCCAAAGAACAGAUUGCUUAUGCCACAGGUGAAAAAUUAUAUGAGAUAAAAAUUUUAGAAGAAACACAUAAACAAGAAAUCAGUCGUCUGCAAAAAAGAUUACAAUGGUAUGCUGAAAAUCAGGACCUUCUGGAUAAAGAUGCAGUUCGGCUUAAAGAAGCAAAUGAAGAGAUUGAGAAACUCAAACUUGAGGUUGAGAAACUGAAAACUGAAUCUGGAAAUACAUCUAUUCAGCAGAAGAUACGUUUAAAAGAUAGAGCAGCUGAUGCCAAAAAAAUUCAGGAUCUAGAACGACAAGUUAAGGAAAUGGAAGGAAUUAUAAAGAGAAGAUAUCCUAAUUCUUUACCUGCUUUAAUAUUGGCUGCAUCAGUAGCUGGUGGUGAUACAGUGGAUAGAAAUACAGUGGAGUUUAUGGAAAAAAGGAUUAAAAAACUAGAAACUGAUCUGGAGGGUAAAGAUGAAGAAGCAAAGAAAAGCCUUCGUACCAUGGAACAGCAAUUUCAGAAAAUGAAAAUUCAGUAUGAACAGAGACUAGAGGAGCAGGAGCAGCUACUUGCCCACAAAUUGAAGGAAGCAUCCCAGAGCCAACAUGACAACUCCUCCAGGGUUAAGGCACUAGAGCAAGAACUUGAUGACUCUAAGGAAGCCCAUCAAAUCACUGUAAGGAAACUUGAAGCUGAAAUAGACACUCUUAAACAUCAGAAUGCUGAAUUGGAACUCAAGAGGAAUGAUAAAGAUGAUAAAGAUUUCCAGUCUAUAGAAUUCCAGGUGGAACAGGCUCAUGCUAAAGCUAAACUGGUGAGGCUCAAUGAGGAGCUGGCUGCGAAGGGGAGAGAAAUACAGGACCUUUUGAAAACUGUGGAGAGGCUUCAGAAGGAGAGAAGGACGAUGCUGUCCACUCAGAACUCUAAGGGUAGGGAGGAAAUGCCUGCAAAAAGGGUGAAGAAAGAUGCUUUGCAUCCAGGUAAAGGAAAUGCUAGUUCCUUCCCUGGAACCAUGGAUGGCAGGCUGUACCAUCCACAUACUUUUACCGAUUCCCACAUUUCAGAAGUUUUACAAGAAAACUACAGAUUGAAAAACGAACUGGAGAGAUUAAGUGUGGAGAGGAAUGAGCUGAAGACGCAAUCUGAAGUAGCUAUGAACCAGUUCGAGAAUUCCAUAAAGAGGAUCAAGGAAGAUACAGCAGCACACAUCACAUCUCUCAAGGAAUCUCAUCAGAGGGAAGUAGAGAAACUCCUUUGCCAAAACGCAGUAGAAAAUUCUUCUUCCAAAGUAGCUGAACUGAAUCGUAAAAUAGCAACUCAAGAGGUACUUAUAAAACAUUUCCAAAAUCAAGUUAAUGAACUGCAGGGUAAACAGGAAUCUCUUGUUGUUUCUCAAGUUCGAGAAGAAAUCCUACAGAAAGAGAUUACAAAACUCUUAGAAGAAUUGAGAGAGGCCAAAGAAAACCAUACACCAGAGAUGAAACAUUUCAUGGGCUUAGAAAAGAAAAUUAAACAGAUGGAAAUGAGACAUAAACAAAGAGAGCAGGAACUUCAACAGACUAAAGAGCUCUCAAAAUUCAAUGAUAAUACAAACACCCUCAAUAAAACAAUGAGCCAGAUACUUGAAAAGACACUUCACCAGAGAUAUCCAGAUGAAAAGGAAGGAUAUGAGAAGGUGCUGAAUACCGACAGUCAUUAA